AAUAAAGUUUUCUAUUCAAAGCAGUGCCUCUCACGUCAUCAUCCCGCGACCGAUGUGAAUCCGCUCUAUAGCCUGGAGAGCAAGGCAGUGGAAGGUGCGGAAAGAUGCCGAAGGUCGUGUCUCGCUCGGUGGUCUGUUCGGAUACCCGGGACCGGGAGGAGUACGAUGACGGAGAAAAGCCCCUCCAUGUUUAUUACUGUCUGUGCGGGCAGAUGGUGCUGGUUCUGGAUUGCCAGCUGGAGAAACUUCCCAUGAGGCCACGGGACAGAGCGAGAGUCAUUGAUGCAGCAAAACAUGCUCACAAGUUUUGUAACACAGAGGAAGAAGAAGCUGUUUUUCUACGCAGGCCAGAUGGCAUCGAGAGACAAUACAGGAAAAAAUGCAGCAAGUGCAGUCUCCUUCUCUUCUACCAACACCACCAAAAGAAUGCCCCGGCCACAUUCAUAGUCAAUGGUGCUCUUGUUAAGUUUGGACAAGGAUUCGGCAAGACAAACAUCUACACCCAAAAACCUGAUCCACCUAAAAAGGUGAUGAUGACCAAGCGUACAAAGGAUAUGGGGAAGUUCAGCUCAGUGACCGUGUCCACAAUUGAUGAAGAGGAGGAGGAGAUCGAAGCGAGGGAAGUGGCAGACUCGUAUGCUCAGAAUGCUAAAGUGAUCGAGAAACAACUGGAAAGAAAAGGAAUGAGCAAGAGAAGGCUACAAGAGCUGGCGGAGCUGGAAGCCAAGAAAGCCAAAAUGAAGGGAACAUUGAUUGACAACCAAUUUAAAUAGAAGAGACUUAUGGAUUCAAACUGACAGUGUUUAAGGACCAUUUGGCAUGCAUAGCGUGUUGUUUGCAGACAGUAUGGUGUGUGUGUGUGUGUGUGUGUGUGUACAUCUGUAAUUUCACAGACUGCAGUCCGGUAACAAACGGGAAUUUCAUAUUUGCAAUAUCAAUAAACACAGUGUCUCCUAAAUCUAAACAAUUUACUGGUAAAUUGCUGUAUGUUUCUACUGUGGUCGCAGAGAAGGUGUACUACAGAUCUCAGUGCAAUGUUCAUUGCCCAAUUAUAUUUUUAGAGUUGCUUUGUCUGGUAAAUUACACACAGGCCUUAUAUUAUACACAGAUCCCGUUUUUGUUAUGUUAAUAUUGUAAAUAUGUUUGUAUAAAACAAAUUAAAAAUCGUUGUAAAUAAAA